AUGGCGCAAGCUCAGGCUGUCGCUGCUGCAGCACAGAAAGAGCGCGAAGCUGUGGAGAAGGCGAAGGCUGCAUGGGAGGCUCGGAUGGCCGAUGAGGCCGAAGCCUUGAAGGCUGCAGAGAAAGCGAGGGACGAUGCGCUUGCUGCUGCAGCCUGCGCUGAGGUUGCCUUCGAAGCAGCCGCUGGAGCAGUGGUCGAAGUCGCGUCCACCCAAAUGACGGAGGAAGAGCGAGAAGCAUUGCAAGAGAAGGCGGCGAAGGAGCGCGCGGCCAAGGAGCAGGCAGAAGCAGCAGUGAAGAAGGCUGCGGAGGCUUUACAGGCUGCAAAGCAGAGAGCCGAGGAGGCAGAGAAUCAAAGCCGUGAAGCAGCAAUCUCAGCUCAAUUCAAGGCCUUGGGCAAGCUGUCGCGGGUCCAAGCUGCAUAUGCAACUUUGGAGGAGAGGCUAAAAAUCCAGGAGGAGGCAACCGUGCAAGCCUCGAAGCGAGAGGAAGAAGCGGCGAAGCGGGAGGAACAGCUUGCGACACUUGUGGCGGCAAAGGCACUCGCCAAAGAGGUGAAUCGUCGCAACCGCGCUGCGCAAACUCUACUUGCCAUCGAGCAAGAGACUGGCUCCGAGAAGUGGAGGCUAGCGCUCGAUGUGCUCGGCGACGGUCCAGACCAACUCAGGUCAGAUGUGCGCUUGGAAAUCGCCAGGUUAGCAACACAAUGGCUUGCCCAGUUCAGGCUGCAAGAAGGGGAGGAGUCGUUGCAGGAGUCCGUCGGAAACCACACUCUUUCGGCCAUGAAGGACUUCGUGGAUGGCUCGGUGAACUUCCUGGCGGUGGCCAGAUCCGUGCAAACAACGCCACAGACAUGGAACGAAGCAGGAGACGCAGCAAGCCAAGCUGUGCAGCAAUCCCUCCAAGAGCUGGCGUCUAUGGGUGGCGACAUGGGUAUUGUGGCUCAGGACGCAGCCUAUCAGCUUCAAGUCGUUGAGAAUGCCGUGCAGGCCGCAAAGCAGCAAGCCGUGCCUGCACAGGUACACCACACGGUGGCAGUGCCUACGGCAACAGCUACGGCAACAGCACAGGCAGACGUCGCAGUCCACGCGCAGCAGAAGAAGCAGCAGCAGCAGGCUGCGGCGUUUCUUCUGGGCGGCGUGGCCCCAGAAACGGUGCAGGUGCACGUCUUGAAAGAUCCCGAAAUGCCGCCCAUGGCCCUGGUCACUUCAGGGGAGGCGAGCCAAGAUCUGAAUUCAAUGGAUGAGACUGAACAACGACAUGCAAUUCUGGCAGCUGCGAAAGCCGUCGAGGCAUCUGUCACGCCAUCAUCGUCUUCCACCUCCUUGGCCAACCCUCCAGCCUUCGCCAGCACCAGCUGCCCUCCUUCUCAGGCCUUUUUGUUCUCAUCGUCCAGCGAGCAGUCCUUGCAGGCGGGGAUCAGUCAGGAGCUUGCUCCCGCGUCAGCGCCACACAAGGUCCCGACAGAAUCGAUGCCACCGCUGGAUGAACUGGAACGCGGGGGCGGCCAUUCAGCACCGAACGUUGUCGAGGCUGGCGUCGCGGCAUCUGCAGCCGACCCUCCAGCCCUUGCCAGCACCAGCGGCCCGCCUUCACAGGCCAAGACUGCAUCGAGCAAGCAGCCGUUCCAGGCAGGCAUCAGCCAUGGUCGAGGGGAGCUGGCUCCCGCAGCGGAGCAUGCCCAGCACAAGGUGCAGUUGCCUUCGAUGAAGCCAGUGGAGGGCUCCUCGCCGAGACCUACUGAUCAAGGACCAACUGCCGUGGCCGCAGAACCUCUUCGCAAUGUGGUUCCGCGGCGAAAGUCCUCCGUGGAGGACUUGGCCAGGGAUCUUGGCCUCGGUGCACAGACAGAUAAUCGGCUCGGCAUUGAGACGAAGCCGCCUCUUCGCCGUCCGUCUGGCACACCUUCCCGGCCCAAGAAAGCCAAGCACUCCACCUCGCGACGGCUGCUACAUUUGAAAUCCUCUGGCGGCCGCUCAGAAGAAGCCAUCACCUUGGAAUUGGGUGACGUCGCUGAAGAGCUGGAGCUCGAGUCCAAAAUGUUAGCCAAGCACAUGGCCGUGUCCAUUGGCAAGGCUGCCGGCCUAGGUCACCAAAGCCCGCACGAAGCGGCCCUGACAGCUGCUGCCUCCGUUCACAAGGCAAUGAUCGAGAAGGGCGUGACGGAAGAGGAGGCUGUGGAAUUUGCCUCGUUUUGCUCCGGGCUGGCGGCUGCCGAGGCUGCGAUGGUGCAAGGGACGACGCCGGAAGUUGCUGCCUCCAUUGCUGCCGCUGAAGCUCAAAGAGCCGCACUAGUUGCCGGCUGCCCUACCGACUUGUCUCUUCAGUGUGGAGCCCUGGCCAUUGGCGCAGUGGUCGCCAAGCUGGCAGCACAAAGGAGCUGGAAUCACAGCGAUGCAGCAACUAUGGCUGGGCAAUUCCUCAGAAGAUUCGUCGAUGCAAACACCAUUGCAAGCGACCACUUUGUCGCAAUGACAGCGAUGGCGACACACGAGGCUGCAGAAGCCGUGGCCCUCGCCAACGGCUUUGCACCCCGGCGUGCAGCGGAGAUUGGCGCUGAAGAGGCUUCGAGGAUGACCUCGCAGCUCGUACACGCCAAAAUCCGUGGCGUCGCCGACGAUGCACUGCGAAACUUGAGCGCAGGAACUGAUGCCACGAGCACCUCCGAGGCGUCGUCGAUGUCCAAAGCGGUCUCGGGCUUCUCUGCAAUUCAAGCUCGCCCAUCCGAUCGAGAGCCAGAUGGAAUGUCUUCACGGCAAGGCAGCGCCGGCACACAGGCUCAGAAUGCCUCCAAGCCUGGCUUGACGGAGCUCAGCAGGAGGCCCCUGCCCGUCAGUGCCCGCCGAGCAGAAGGUGAUGCCGCACUGCCGGCAGCAUCGCCACGGGAGGAGCAGCAGCUGCAGCCGCCGCAGAAGAGGCCACAAAGGAUGUCCAUUGCAGAUUUGACACUUCCGGCCUUGCCUUCUGCUCGCCGGAUGUCCCAGGCACCGACGGCCGCUGAGUCGACCGCGACCGUGUCGUCAGUGGUGCCCAAUGAAAAGUAUCCGGAGACCUCCCGGAUCCUCUCAUAUGGACAACAUGAUGCGAGGAAAAGAGAUCACUCGAGGAACUCGAGGAGCCCAUCUCCAGAUGUGCAGCCCGUCGAAUCAGGCAGAGAGCGAAAGGCCUCUGCGCGGUUGCUGCAGGAGUUCCGCAGGCCGUCGAUGCUCUCGAUGCAGUCCUUCGAAGUUCCUCUACCGGCACCGUCCCGGGAUCUCCCUGUGGGCCCGGUACACAGCAACCGCCCCAAGUUGCAGGGUUGGCAGCGGAUACAAAAGCAGGACGAGGCCAGUCCAGGGCGUGGACGUCGCAACUCCGCAGCGAGAGCGAGAUCGCCUCAUGAUGACGCCUCCCUCUCCAGCCCUGAGCGGCCGAGCGAUCCACGCAGCGAUCCUGUUAGCCCACGGGAGGCGGAUCCAGCGCCUCAAGACAGUUCUCCGAGGCCAGCCCUGGAAGAAUUGCUACGGCCAAAGCCGCCGAGCUUCCCCAUCCAGGCGAUGCCACCAGAGGACAAGCGAAGAGGCGCACGAGAUCCUCGAGACAGGCCAACUCCGCGACUGCGCGCUGGGCCCGAACGAGCCGAGAAGGUGGGAGGAGAAGAAGAAGAAGAAGAGUCGGUAACUGCUGCUACUGGGUUUAGGGUUUAUUAG